CUAUCCGGUGGUGGGUGUGUUAGCAUUACCCCAUUGAAACUGUGCUUGUAUUGUAGCUCUUUUUAACGUUAAAUAAGACUCAUUACAAAGCAGCCUAGCAAAACCGUCAGUUUAAAAUCUCAAGCCGUGGUUGUCGUUAAGCUCAGGCCCUGUUUAUUCCGGUUUCCCCCUUGUAAAAACUAAGAGCUAACUAGCAUAGGGAGCUAACUGAGCUAAACAGCUAUCGUUCGCGCCGCACAGAUUUAUCUCCUAAUUAUCUACCGUAGUUUUUUCAAGGCACUAGCUCACGGCUUGUAUCCAAGACAACUAUUAGCCUAAAACGCUAAUUAAAUCCUUCUGUAAGUGUUUACACUCCCUUUAAAGUCUCGGCUUAUCUGUGAGUGUUUCUGCUGCUCCUCCAUAUCAACAUGAGUGAUCCUUGGAAAGAGUGUAUGGACCACUGUUUGGAGGUCACCAAAAAGGCUGGAGAGAUGAUCCGUGAGGCGCUCCAAAAGGACAUCGCCGUCAUGCAGAAGAGCUCACCAGUCGACCUGGUGACCGAGACGGACCAGAAAGUGGAGCAGCUUAUUAUAUCCUCCAUCAAGGAGAAGUACCCCACACACAGCUUUAUAGGUGAAGAGUCAGUAGCUGCAGGUGCACCAAGUGUUCUGACUGACGAUCCCACUUGGAUCAUCGACCCUAUUGAUGGUACCACCAACUUUGUUCACAGGUUCCCAUUUGUGUCUAUAUCAAUUGGCUUCACUGUGAAGAAAGAGAUAGAGUUCGGGAUUGUCUACAGCUGCAUAGAGGACAAAAUGUACACAGCACGGAAAGGAAAAGGCGCAUUCUGCAAUGGAGUCCCUAUCAAAGUGUCUGGACAAGAAGAUAUCAGCCAGUCUCUGGUACUGACAGAAAUGGGCUUCAAGAAGGAUCCCGAGAUAUUCAAAACAAUGUUGGCCAACAUCAAGGCCAUCCUCACCAUCCCUGUACAUGGAAUCCGUUCCCCGGGCAGCGCAGCUGUCAACAUGUGUCUGGUAGCGUGCGGCUCGGCUGAUGCUUACUACCACAUGGGCAUCCACUGCUGGGACAUGGCCGGAGGGGCGGCGGUCGUUACUGAAGCUGGAGGCGUUAUCAUGGACAUUUCAGGUGGAGCCUUUGAUCUGAUGUCUCGGAGGCUGAUUGUGGCCAGCAGCCGAGCGAUAGCAGAACGCAUCGCGAAGGAGAUAACGGAGUUUAACGUCGGCAGGGACGACAAGGACGACUAGUAAGCUUCUACACUCCUCUCGGCGAAAAGUCAUUUAAACACACUCAUAUCUUUGGUAUUCAACAGGUCGGGAUUCUGUUUUUGCCUUAAGAACCAAAAGGAUGAACUUACCUUUUGAACACCAGCUGAGUGGGUUUGUUAAAAUACUCAGCGCUUAGACUUCCAGCCGUCUUCCUGCUUUUGUUUUGAGUCAUUGUUGUAUUUCUGCACUUAGUGAUUCACAGAUUCAGAUUUUUUUAUUCUGUUCAGUAAUGACAUUAUUAGUAAUGAAGAGGACGUGAUAAAGGAAUCUAUAUGUCACGAUACACUCUUGAUUUUAUGGUGUCUAAUCACAUAGCCAUUUUUUUAUCAUUUAUAUUUAUUGAUAUGAAUGAUGCAGCCAGAACAACAGCAAGGAACUGAUAAAAUACCUCACUCCAGCACAAGGUUUGACCAAUAAUAUUGCUUUUCUGUUCUUAGGUUAUUGUAUUUUUUUGUGUGUAUAGAUACAUUCAUUUAUACAGUAAGUAUACUCUUUGGUUUGCACUAUUAGAACAAAAUGUACAGCAAACACUACGUACAUUCAACUUCUGUACUGUAAAACUGCUUCUUUAUUAGACUGAAAUUGUGUGCAGUAUGUUUUAAAAGUGAGUUUUGUAAGAAUGUAAUGAAA